UCGAAACCACUCGACAGGUAAUGCCUUAUUUUCUGUUCCGGUGAGAUUUUGCAAGAUAUUAAAAGAAAGUUCUGUGGUUUAUAAAAAUAUGGCAAGUUUAAUCCACAACAAUGACUAAUGUGACAAGUAAGACUCGAUUACGAAAGUUCCGCCUACAAAGCACCGAACCUCAAAAGUCAACCGGUGACAGUCGAGAUUUAAGGCGUUGGCGUUUGAUUUUUCGACACACGAAAGUGAGGACCAAUUUCCGCAAACGGAAAGCUCGGAGUUGUCAAACUUAAAACUCCCCGUGAUCAGUUUUUUUCUUCCAAAAUCUGACCGACUUUUAGACAAAUUUACCGGUGAACGGCGAAUGAGAACGUCAUGAGCGAGCGAGACGACACGUUCAACGUCGAAUGCACUGGCAGUUUUGUCAGCUGAUUCACAGAGAAAAACGACAUGUGAAUAACAGAAAUCGUCCUGUUACGUCCUCGUUGAGUGAUCCUUCAAAAACGGAUCAUUCAGUUCAGAUCCACCGACAAAUAUAAUCCCAGGAAAUUAUCUCCUAGCGGGAACUUCUUGAGCAAAAGUCGGCAGAUUCGAGUCAAAAAUGGGAAAUAAAAGCAGUUGCUGUGCGUACUCUAGCCCUCAAGUUGGCAGAAAAGAUUUCGUAGGCGAUGGCAGUGGUAGAGGUCUCGAAGAUCAUCUUCCUGAAGGUGACAUCAGUGUCAACAACCUGCAACACAUUAGUGAAAGAGAGCCGGAAGUUUGGAACUCUGAUCCUUCUUUACAUCCUUGUGCUGGUACUAUUUUCAUGGAAAGAUCGAAACAGUCCAUCGAAAAUGGUAUGGUGAGAAAGAAAAGUCAACAUCAAAUAGCUGAUAUAAGACCUUUGAAGAAGAGCAGCAGUUGUAGUACGAUUUACUUGGACGAUAGUACUGUGUCGCAACCUAAUUUAAAGAAUACUGUUAAAUGCGUCGCAUUAGCGAUAUAUUAUCAUAUAAAAAAUAGAACUUCCCAGCGACAAAUCGAAAUAUUCGAUGAAAAACUGCAUCCGCUAACGAGAGAUGGCGUGGCAGACGACUACGACAAACAUAAUCCAGAACACAAGCAGAUCUAUAAAUUUGUGAGGACUCUUUUUAACGCAGCACAAUUAACAGCAGAGUGUGCUAUCAUAACGUUAGUGUAUCUUGAACGUCUGCUCACGUAUGCGGAAAUAGAUAUAACUCCCGCGAAUUGGAAAAGAAUCGUUCUCGGUGCUAUUUUGUUGGCUUCCAAGGUGUGGGACGACCAGGCUGUGUGGAAUGUCGACUAUUGUCAAAUUCUAAAGGACAUCACUGUCGAAGACAUGAACGAAUUGGAGAGACAAUUCCUGGAAAUGCUUCAAUUCAACAUAAAUGUUCCUUCGAGUGUUUACGCAAAAUAUUAUUUUGACCUCCGCACACUCGCCGAAGCGAAUGAACUAACAUUCCCUAGUGAACCACUUAGUAAAGAAAAAGCCCAAAAGCUCGAGGCUAUGUCGCGAGUUUACGAGGACAAAGUCACAGCUGAAGCUUUACGUAAUGGUAUUAAAAAAUGGUCCAGUCUCGAUAACGUCUGUAUAGGUGGGCCUAGACGAAGCAUUGCCAUCCUCUCAUAAAUUAGACUUCUCUUCGACACCGAAAGAAAGUACGACCUUUGUAUGUGGCAUUUUAAAUUGAAAAAUUGCGCGACUAUUGUUGCCCUGAAAAAAAUGCGAGUCUUGCACUCCGAGAGACUUUGAAAUUGUACAGUUUUCGAAUUAUUUUCUAUAUAAUACAAAUAUUUUAUAGGAACCAGUGUAAUUUAUUAUAAUAUACUUUAUGUUUGUAAGUGCUUUGCAAGUAAAAGACUAUUGUAAUUCUUUUCGCCUAGAACAGUCUUUGAUCUCUGUUUUCUUUUUUACAAGUACUUAAAGCUCCGCUUAAGAUUCAGUUGAAAAAAGAAAAAGAUUCAUUGCGAUAGUCUUCGAGUUUCUGCGAAGGCUGAUUUAGGCAUAUAAAGUCAUUUUACUGAUUAUCAGAUCCAGGACAAUUAUUAGUGAAUAUUUGAUUCGAAUACAGGUACUAGAUAAAAUUUGGCCAGGACAAUUUGGGAUCAAGUCUGCUUUGUGCUUGCAUAUUAUCAUUUUCUUCGAGAGAAUAUUUUCGUUUUUUCGCUCCUGUGAUGUUCUUCGUACUGCAUUUGUUCCAUUAAUUUGACUUCUAGUGUUUUUUAGAAGAAUUGUAUUUUUUGUACAAUCUAUGUCUCAUUAUGUUCGAGGCAAAUUACCAUCUUAUCUGUUAAUGGGUGUGUAAUUAUUCCACUUUCGGAAUUUAAAACCCUUCAUUAUUUUUAUUAUUUUUUAACGAAUGUGGCUUUUUUACCAGAAGAAAAGGAAUUAGAAAUAAUAAAGGGUUUUAAUUUUAAUCGAUGUAUGAAUAAGUUUGCUAUGUAAACUGAACUGAUUAGGUUUUUUUUUUUGUUUGAAACUGCGAUUGUCUCUUUGAGGCCUAAAUAGACGUUAGUUUUUUUUUCAUUGCACAGAAGAAAUUUGGCCAGUUGAUUUAGCAGGAUUUACGUGUUUUGUAACUUGUUUUGUACUAGCGACGUAGAAUUUAGAAUUGAUUUUCUAGUAUCUGAAUGAAUUUAUUCGAGCGUGAGUUUAACGAAUCAAAAAGCAUAGUACAAAAAAAAAAGAAUUUGCAAGAUUCAGUACCAGAACGAAUGUGCAGUUUUCAUUUUGCUCAACGUUUUUUAAAAAAACCUAUUGAGAUUCCGAUGGAAAGAAAUUGAAAUUGUAACCAGAGUUCCAAUUAUUUUUCGAGAAUUUUUUCUUCGAAAAAAAUUAGAACUCUAGAAUAAAAACUUUCAUGUAUUUUAGUGUUGUUAAACACAGCUUCUAUUAGGCUUAAAUAAAACUUUGCAUUUAAAACAAAA